AUGCAGCAAACUAUGAAGCAUGAUGUUGAGAAGGGCAAGAAGACUUUUGUUCAGAAGUGUGCCCAGUGCCAUACUGUGAAGAAGGGAGGCAAGCACAGGACUGGGCCAAAUCUCCAUGGUCUCUCUGGGCGUGGACUUCCUUACAUGGACACCAACAAGAACAAAGGGAUCACCUGGGGAGAGGCUACACUGAUGGAGUAUUUGGAGAAUCCCAAGAAGUACAUCCCUGGAACAAAAAUGCUCACCGCUGGCACUGAGAAGAGUGCAGAAAGGGCAGGCUUGAUAGCUUACCUCAAAAAAAACCACUCAUGA